GGGGGACAGGGGAAGAUUUGGAAGAAACCAUGAGUGUCUAAGCAUCCCUAAAAAGCAAAAUGGCCUAGGGGGCGCGCCUACCGGCUUGGCUUUAGCAAGAAGCUUCGGUUGGGUGUGUGCACAGCAAGCAGUGCAGUGGGGUGUGACUCCUGCUCUGCACUCACAGACAUGUGGGCAAGCAAGCUGUGGGGCCGAAAAUGCAGUAUCGUCCUCCAAAGUCUGAACCUGGGACAGGAGGUGUCCUCAGCAGUCCUCCGUAUCCGAGCGGGCCAGCGAGGCACCGCUACCCACCGAGGCGGGGGUUCCUGCCAACGAACCUGCCUACACUUGCCAAGGGUUCAAGUCAGGUGUCUUAUUGGGCUGUAUUUUCUUUGCAAGAAAAAGCUCCCCUUUAUACUAGAACGGAGAAGAAAGUUCCAUCUGGAUGGGCCUUGUUCCUUCUGAAAGGUCAGCAAGGGCUGCCCACCCGAGAGCGCCUGGGAGUCAGCCCGUCAGCCUGUCCGUGCAGAGGCAGCGGCGUGCCCCGGUUUGCACAAGCAGAUCUGCCCCACGGCUCGGAGCCUGUCAACAUAGCAGGUGGCUGGCUUCCCACCCCUCUCCGCAAAGAGAGCAGGAGACCCUGCUUCCAUAACCCUGGAAACUCACACUGCCCUGUUGGGCACAUCCUCCAUCUCACACAACUGACACCAUUCCAACAAAAAGCAGACAACAACGCUCCUCGUCCGUUCCCUCCCCCCUGGGGCAUAGGAGCUGCAUGGCCGGCAGAGUUUGUCAUGAAGAUCAGCAGAAAGAGCACACCAAAUACUGUAGGAAGUCAUUACAGAGCUGAUUUUCAAAUGCAAACUGAAGCCAAGACCAGGUAACCCAGAGCAUUCUCAAGUACUGGAAUUACCUGCUUCUCACCACAAUUGGGAAAUUUCACAAACUCAGUCCAAACUGGAGACAGUGGAAAUCAUUCCACAACCACAUGAUGACAAUAUUCAUCUGGCUGAUGGGGGAGCUUCCCCAGUGAAACAAGAAGUUAAGGACAAUUUUCAGGGUGUAACUGAAUUGCACAACCACUGCUGAAUAUGGUCAUGAGAAACUAAUUUUUCAUUACUCCAUCUCCAGAGACCUUCAACAGUACACUGUGAUGAACCAGAGUCCAAAAGACAGGGAGGCACCAUCUGCCCACCCUUUGGCCUCAAGACCAUCAGACAGACCAGGAAAAUACACGUGGUCAUGUGCCAACAAGAUAGCAGCAACAACAUUAUUUCUUCCUGACUUUAACUGGGGGCCUCAAUUUCCUCUAGCUGUCUUUUCUCCAUAUGUAUUAAUCAUACACUCCAAAAACCAAAAACACUCUUAAGAUGAAGUGGUGAGUCCCUGGCACUGAAGUAGCCCAGAGUUGAGGACAAAGGGAAAAAGUCUCAGUUCUAAGCAAGGACAGGUGUUUCCAAGGCAUUCCUAGGAACAGGAUCCAGGCGAGAAGUGAGUACUGUGGGGACAGUGCUGUGCAGCAGCCAUUUACCCACAAGAUCGGAAGUAUGUCAGCAUCUCUGCAAAUAAGCACAGGUACUGAGGGGUACACCAAAGCUGAACAUCAGUCCUAUGUGGAAGUAUUUUCUACUGGUCCUAAAAUGGACCCAUUUACCAAUGACUGAUUACAAAUUGCAAGUUUAUUUCUAGAAAAUUUCUUCUAAAACCGCAUUUUUAAAAUUCAAAGUGUUACAGAUUUUUUUUUCAUGUAAAAAAGUGUCCUUUGAAAAGUCAG